AAGGAAGCCAUUCCCUUUCCCUUUUGAUUGUCUCUCAGCUUCUGGAAGCAGAGCUGUAUUUUGUGUAGAAAACCAAGAGCUUGGGGUUUCCAAGUGCCUCCUGUCUCCCUGGUUGUCCAGGCUCGUAUUAAGAUAGCUGCUAUGCACCCAUCCCAGCUGUGAGGGCCUGCAGAGUUGCAGCACCCAAUUCCCAUCCAAGCACGAUGCCGGUGCACUACGUGACCUACAAAGGCAUUAAAUUCCCUCCUGCCUACAACUCCAUGCACAGCUUGAGUUUUGCCCACAACGAGUUCCUGGUGCGGGACGACGACGUCUUCAACAUCACCUACCCUAAAUCUGGCACCGUGUGGAUGACUGAGAUCCUGAGCCUCAUUCGCAGCCAUGGCCACCCCAGCUGGAACCAAAGUGUCCUCAAUUCUGACCGCAUGCCUUGGUUCUCAACCCGCCUGGGUCUGGAGGCAGCCCUCAGCUACCCCUCACCUCGCCUGCUGACCUGCCACCUCCCCAGGCACAUCUUCCCCAAGUCUUUCUCCCAUUCCACUGCCAAGGUUAUCUACACCCUACGGGAUCCUCGAGAUGUUGUUGUCUCCUACUUCUACUUCUGCCAGAUGUGCAACAGCUAUGAGGACCCCGUGUCCUUUGAGCAGUUCUUGAUGGACUUUCUCAGUGGAGAGUGUAAGUGUG